AUGGCGCAGACUGAGGUGCUUCUGACUAAGCAGCCGGCCCCACAGACCAUCGACCCUUGCGAGCUGCCACCCAAGGUGUAUGAUGUGGCCUGCAACACGGGUGCCCACACGUCCUCAGGCCUGGCCACUGCCGGCUUCCGCACGGCCAAGUACCUCAUGGACGAGUGGUACCAGAACUCCUACGCCCGCUACCACCAGGCCUUCUCAGACCGCGACUUCUCGGAGCGGCAGCGGCAUGAGAGCCAGCAGCUGGCAGCGGAGACUGGCGCCCUGGCCCAGCGCACGCAACAGGACUCCACGAUGAAGGUGGGGGAGCGCCUGGAGGAGAUGCACUGCUGGAAGUCCAACCUUCAGCAGGAGGUGGAGGACCUGACCUCGGAGACCGACCUGCUCCUGGCCCAGAAGCUGCGUCUGGAGCGUGCCCUGGAUGCCAGCGCCCUGCCCUUCUCCAUUGCCAUCGACAACCUGCAGUGCCGUGAUCGCCGCCAGCACCCCGACCUCGUGCGCGACUACGUGGAGGAGGAGCUACUCAAGGAAGCUGAGCUUAUCCGGUACAUUCAAGAGCUCCUGAAGAGGACCAUCCAGCAAGUUUUGAACCAGAUACGGCUGAAUCGAGAGCAAAAGGAGGCGUGUGAAAUGGGCUUCUCGGACAAGGUAGAGUCCUACAACAUCGAUCAGACCUGCUCCCGCUACCAUAACAAUAGCACGGACGUGCAGUUCCACCUGCACUCCACCAAGUUUGAGGAGAGCGCCUCCACACCAGAGUCGUGGGCCAAGUACACCCAGGACAUGCUGCUUCGUGCAGAGCGCGAGCGCCUGGGGUCAGUCAACUUGCGGUCGCUCAUCGACUCCAUCCUGCGGGACACCUCAGAGGACCUGCGGCUGCAGGCUGACGCUGUCAACCGGGCCUUUGGGCGUCGCUGCGAGGAGCUGGAGGAUGCGCAGAACAAGCUGAAGUACCACCUGCAGAGGACGCUUCGGGAGAUCACUGACCAGGAGCACCAGAUAGCCGCACUGAAGCAAGCCAUCAAGGACAAGGAGGCGCCACUGCGUGUUGCCCAGACCCGCCUGUACCAGCGUGCACGCAGGCCCAACGUGGAGCUGUGCCGGGACAGGGCACAGUUCAGGCUGCUGAGUGAGGUGGAGGAGCUGAACAUGUCACUCACAAUGCUGAGGGACAAGCUGCAGGAUGCCGAGCAGGCACUGCGCAACCUGGAGGACUCCCGCAUGGCCCUGGAGAAGGACCUGGCCGUCAAAGCCAACAGCCUCUUCAUUGACCGCCAGAAGUGCAUGGCCCACCGCCACCGCUACCCCACUGUCCUCCAGCUGGCCGGCUACCAGUAA